AUGGAAGUCCUCAAAACAGUCGGAAACCUGCUCCCCUGCCACCUGCUCUCCUAUGGCGCUCUGCUCGGUACGGAAGUGUACCAGACCUUCGUCAACACCAAAAUAUGCUACCGAGAGCUCCCGAUGCGCGAGUUCAUCGCACUCAACAAACGCAUCUUCCCCGUUUACUUCGGCUGCCAGGUCGGACUAGUCGCGCUGACAGCUGCCACACGACCACCGUUCAGUAUCGUGUCACUGGCAAAGGAUCUGUGGAGCGCUGCGCCACUGGGUGUGGUUUUGGUGAUGGGUUCUUUGAACUGGUUUGUUUACGGGCCUCGGACUACGACCGCUUCGCUGGUUAGACGAGUGCUUCAUGAAAAGCAGGAUGGAUCGGCAGACCCGGAUGAUGCAAAGAUUCACCGGGCGAAUCGGAGCUUUGCGCGAAACCACGCCAUGUCCAUCCACAUCAACGCUAUUGCACUUGUGGCUACGGUCUGGUACGGCUUUUCGCUGUCGUCUAGCAUUCUGAAUGGAUUCUAA